AUGUCAACCCUCACGAGAGCAUUCACCCGGCGCAAUAAGCGCCCAGAGGUGUCUGCACCCAUGCCGUAUCGUGGCGAAGGGAAUCUGCGACUCAACUCGGCAAGUAUAAAGCGCAGCAACAUAUCUGGACCGGUGCAGCUCUUGUCUACGACCAACAUGCUGGCCUACAACGCACCCGAUAUCAGCCCAGGUUACUCUGCCGGCUCUUCAUCUGCCUCGUCACUAGGAUCGCGCGACGACUCCGACAACGCAUUUUCUCCGCAAAGCUACGCGUCUUCGGUGUCCUCGCCCGAUGUCUCCCCUCAUGGGAGCUCUCCCAUUGAUGCAAACCCAUUGGCGUCGUAUUUCCCGAAGCACACGGCCUCGGUGACAAGCCACCCGCGCUCCUCCACGUCUUCGUCAAAUACAGAUGCUCCGAUGGUGCCUAAGCGAGCUCUGUCCCACACCAAGCGGUCACACCAGGAGCUCGCUCACAAGCGCUCAGUCUCGAGGAUGUCCCCGCCGCCGCUGAAUGCAGCGCGCACCACACCGACCAUUCGUGCAUCACAGGAAUUCUUCCAGGCCGAGCCGCAUCCAUUCGGAAAAGAGCUAGAGCAGGUGAACGAGGUCGUAGAGGAUUUUUGUGGCCUUAAUAUGCACGAUGACGAGGAGCGGAUCCUCUAUGCCAAGGGGCUCAAGAAGUUCUCCGUCGAAGAUUAUCUUGUGGAAGUUGAAGAACUGUACGGCAGCAUUUUCGAGGACACACGUGGGCCUAUGACCACAUCUUGGUUCUAA